UUAAUGAAAUAAACCUUAUAUUUUUUCAGGCCUUGCCUAACCCCUAGCGCCGUCCACAGUUCAAAUGUUCAGUCCCUCCUUCCGCCGACGAGAUGACGCCAACCGAAGGCCUUAAGCCGGAGUCUGGCCUCGCGGCCGAGAUAGAGGUGGAGGCCUACCGCCUCCUCUUUCCCCUCCAGUAUUACGAGCGCCAUCUUGCAGAGUCCGUACGCCCAGAUAGCCGAGCUCUUGGCCGCGCUAGAGAUACCACCAUCGCCCUCGGACCCGUAACUUCAGCCGAUGGAUCUGCUUUAGUAAAAAUCGGAGAUACUACCAUGCUGGCAGCUAUUAAACUGGAAGUUAUGACUCCUUGUAUUGGCUCUCCUGAUGAGGGAAGCGUAGCUGUUGAUUUUCAAAUGCCGCCUAUUUGUUCUCCUGUUGUUAGACCAGGGAGGCUGGCAGAGCUUGCUCCUGUUAUUGCCAAGCAGCUUUCUGAUGUCAUAAUGAGUUCUGGCAUGUUAAACUUGAAAGAGCUCUCUUUAAUAAGCGGAAAGGCGGCUUGGAUGGCCUACUUGGACAUUUAUUGUCUUAAUGCUGAUGGCUCUCUUUUUGAUGCUGCAUUGCUCUCAGCAACAGCAGCUUUUUCUCACUUGCAGAUUCCGUUAGUUUCAUUAAAUGAUGAUGGAAAAGUGAUUACUGUGUCUGAAGAACUGAAAAUCAAAGCAGUAGAGCCGAUUAAUAAAGAAAAUAGAAAGCUCACUAUUGCAAUUGUACCGUUCUCACUAACAUGCAUAGUCCAUGGUAAGUAUAUUUUGGCGGACCCCACUUCAGAAGAAGAAUCUGUAAUGGACACCCACGUUACAGUGGUGUUAGAUUCAAAAGAGAGAUUGGUGUCAUUAUACAAAGCUGGUGGAGCAAUCCUUUUGCAUGCUUCUGUUGUGAAGGAUUGCAUUGCGCUUGCAAGGCUCAGAGUGGAGGAGCUAAGUGAAAUUUUGAGGGAAUCACUCUCUGCAAUGGAAGUUGACUAGAUUUUUUCACUUUGUGCAAGUUAGUUACCCGUAUUCAUGAAAUACCUUUGCUUGGUUUAUGCCAAUCGUGAUUUCUGUCUAUUUUUUUUGGGUCAAAUUUUAUACUGAAAUCGCUUAGUUUAACCUGAGGGUAAGAAAAGAAAGUAUCAUGGUGGUUGUAGAUGGGUAAAACGUUGGAUAGUUUUUCCUUUCUUUUUUAGAUUUUCAUUUUUGAGAUUAGAAUAAAAGUUGUGGCUUGAAAUGCAAAUCUAUAAA